AUGUCGAUCCCGAUCAGUAGUUCCAACAAGAGCAAGAUCCUUGUUUUCGGAGGCACCGGUUACCUUGGAAAGCAUGUCGUGGGGGCAAGCGUGUCGUCUGGCCACCCCACCUUCGUCUUCACUCGGCCGGCCACCCCUCAUACGCCUCCUUCCAAUGUGCACCUUCGCGACGAAUUUCGAUCUCUCGGUGUUACUCUUAUCGAAGGGGAACUAGAGGAGCACGAGAAGAUGGUAUCCGUGCUCAAACAGGUCGAUAUUGUGAUCUCGGUGCUCCCGAAUCCUUUUUCUCCUGAUCAAGUCAAAAUAAUCGAUGCCAUAAUCGCCGCCAGCAACAUAAAGAGGUUCAUCCCAUCCGAGUUUGGGUGCGACGUGGACAGGACCACCGCCCUCCCGCCAUUCCAGGCAUGCCUGGACAAGAAGAAGAAAAUGAGGAGGCUCAUCGAAGCAUCGGCCGUUCCCUAUACCUUCGUCUGCGCCAACUGCUGUGCUUCAUACUUCAUCAAUCUUCUGCUUCACACACACGACCCUCGACCUGACCUCGUUGUCUAUGGGACUGGCGACGCAAAGGCUGUGCUUAAUUAUGAGCAAGACAUCGCCAAAUACACGAUCAAUGCGGCAAUCGACCCAAGGACGCGCAACCGUGUUGUGAUUUACCGUCCGCCGGGGAACGUAGUCUCUCAGAACGAGCUGAUCUCGUCGUGGGAAAAGAAAACGGGUCAGGGUUUUGAGAAAAUGGUGCAAGAGGAUGAGGUGAUCAAGCUCUCCCAGACCCUGCCAAGCCCACAAAACAUAUGGGUGUCCAUCAUGCACUCCGUAUUCGUGAAGGGAGAUACGACGAGCUUCGAUCUAGACGAGGACGACCUCGAAGCUUCGAGCUUGUAUCCAGAAGUCGAGUACACCACCGUCGACCAGCUCCUUGACAUAUUCCUCGUUGACCCUCCAGAGCCUGCUUGCACUCCAUUGGAAUGA